AUGGACCCGCGUAAGAAGGCCCCGAAGGUUGCGCUAUCGGCCCUGCACAGCGUCUUCCGAAAGCGCAUGAAUAAGCCGCCCGUCCCUCCACAGACGUUCAGUCGCGCCGCUGAACUCGCGGCGCGCGUACAGGCGCGAGAUCUUGCCCGUAUCGUGCCCGACAUUGAGCCCGAUGACACCUUCACUCGAGAAGUCGAUGCGCGGGAAGUCGCGCUGCUCAAAGCCGACGUCAAGAAGCAGGGCCUUGAUGGUGCGCCUGGCUUCGACGGUGUUCUAAAGUCCAGCAUCAUGAACAUGGACAACGACGACCUGGCCAGGCUCUUUAACGAGUGCAUACGGCAGCAAGACGCCCCCUCUGUCUGGCUUAAGACGGUCGUCAUUGGGAUUAUGAAGAAGGGCCUUCCAGAGGGAGACGCGAAUAGCUACCGUACCAUCGGCCUCGAAUGUGUCAUCCUGCCGGCGUCACAGAACGGGUUCCGCCACGGCUUCCGAACGAACAACAAUGUCUUCGUUCUGCGCACGAUCCUCGAGAAGUACCGCGACGAACAACCCGUCUACAUCGCGUUCAUCGAUAUCAGCAACGCGUUCCCCUCCACGAACAGGGACAUCCUCUUCGUCAAACUGCAGCGAAUGGGCUGUGUUGGCCCCGUUAUCGACUGGCUUAGGCGCCUGUACUCCGAGAUGCGCUACGUCGUCGAGCUGGAGGGUGCGUACUCCGAGGAGUUUAGGUCGGACAUCGGGGUGCUCAUUGGCGACCCAUCCUCCCCUACGCUUUGGAACCUGUUUCUCGCGGACUUUCGGCCUCCAGAUCACGAAGACGACCCGAUUAUCGCGGGGCAGCGUAUGCCCAUCAUGCUCCACGCCGACGACAUGCUCGGUGCUCGCCUGGGUCAUCAGGGCAUGCAGGCCCUGCUUUCCUACGUCGGGCGUUACGCCGCCCGCGCCCAAUUGAACGCAAACGCCAUCAAGUCCAUGAUGAUGCUCGCUGGCAAGAUCCCGAACAAGCCCCCCGUCUUUCAUCUGCAGGGCGUGCGUGUGCCCUACGUCGCCCGCGCGAAAUAUGUGGGGCUGCCGAUGUGCGCGACGGAGUACAAUCCGUUCGAGCCGCUGUACCCGGAGGCCGCCGCCAAAGCACACAGGGCUGCCAUUGCCAUCACGGGAGCUCGCAGCGUCGUGGGCAGGCUGAAGCCGGUCGACGCGAAGACGCUGUACGAUGCGCGCGUCGAGUGCUACCUCAUCCUUGGCGCCGACGCCGUGCCCGACAUAGGCUCGCAUAUACAGGCGCUCGAAGACGUCCAGCAUGCCUUCUGUAGGCGCGUGCUCGGGCUCCGUACGCGGUCGCUGCUGAUCCCGCUCUUCACGGAACUCGGCAUCGUGCCGAUACGCUUCAGGCGUAUAAAGCUGGCUCUGCGCUUCCUGCGCUACGUUGCGGAUCAACCCGAGGGCCGUUACGUGCGUCUGGCCAUGGAGGAGGCCUUUGCCAUGUACGAGGCCGGAAUACCAGGCUGGCUGGGUGACCUUGCAUACGCGAUGAGGCGGCUGCCGCACAAGGUCGAGAUCCCCAGGAGAACUGCCAGCCUUUGGAACCCGGACACGGCAGAUGACCUCAUGCGACUGGUCGACGCGUCGAUGCGGGCCGAAAUUCAAGACGCUAUACUGGCCUCGUCGCGCCUAUACCUAUUGCGCGACCGCACAGAGCCGCAGAGACGAGGAGCGCCUACCAAGCCCGUAAUACAAAUGCGGCAUUAUCUCACUAGUGUAGUGGACGACGACGACCGGAUUGCGCUCACCAAGCUGCUCGCCAGCGACCACCCAUUCGCGCUGGAGCAGCUACGCUGGUCGUCUACACGCAACGGCAUUAAGAGAAGCAAGGUACCCCGUGACGACAGGCUGUGCCGACUGUGCGGUCUGGACGUCGAAUCGCCGGAACACGCGUUGCUAGUUUGUAAAGGCGUCCCCGAGCUGUUGAGGGUGAGGGAUGACUUCGCGGGUCAAGUACGCGAGCACUGCCCCGACCUUCCGCUGCGAUUGACGUCGAACGACGCGCUCACGGUUCUGGUUACCUUGAUCUCUACGCCCGAGCUUGCCCGCUACCUCGCCGCAUUUACGAGAAAGGUGUUUUCGAUCUUCGAUUCUUAUGCUCUACAAUGGCCUGUAGCGUACAUUGAGAGAGUAGAGGAGGACGAGGAUGACGAUGACGACUAG